CAGGAGCUCAUUUGCACUCAGUGUGUCGCCUCGACGUGGCUGAGGCAUGAGUUUUUCCGCUAGCGGUCUGUCUGAACAUUAUGAGCUUAAAGCAUUUGUUACAUCGCACACAGACACAGGUGCAUGACACACGUGCAGCAGGAAGCCGCAGUUAAUAAGACAUACAGAUAACGAUCCCUAAAGCACCCGGCACCUUCAUUACAAGAACUAGGUGUGUUUUUAGGUCGGCAUGGCGGUAAGCGAGCAGGACACUGAAAGCCUUCUGCCGCGUCGUGAAGACGACGACAACAGUGUUGACAGAGGCGGACUUCGGGAAGGAGAGUCGCCCUGCAGUAGCAGCAACAGCAGCAGCAGCAGCAGCAGCAGCAGCAGUAGCAGCAGCCAGCAGCAGUGCCGGGUGAGCGUGGAGCCUGCUGUGCUGGUGACAGUGUUCGCGCUGGGCCUGGAUACAGUGCUCCAUGAUCAACUGUUGCUCCAAAAGAUCUGUGAGGUGCACUUUAACUUUAGCGCGAAGGUGUGCAGCACGCUGGAAGACGGCCGCCACCCUGAGAAGGAGGAAGCGGUGCAGCAGUUAGCCAGCCGCUACCGCAUGUACACUAAGGUGGUGGAGCAGAUUCUCGGGCUGGUGAUGGUGGUGGUGAUGGGCGUGUACAGUGAUGCCCUCGACCGGCGACUCCCUCUGCUGUGGUGUCAUGCUGGCUUCUUGCUAAUGGCGGUCAUGUCGGCGGUCAACACGUACUACUGGUGGCUUCCCCCUGAGAUGCUUCUGCUGAACUACGUGAUGCUGGGGGCAGGGGGCGGCACGCUCGUCCUCUCCAUGGGCGUGGAAGCCUACGUGAGCGCUGCCUCUGAGGAACGACACCGCACCACGAGGCUGGGGGUGUUGAAGGUGAUGGCGAUGGUGGGCAGUAUGCUUGGUCCAGCCGUGGCGAUCCCCGUGUUCCACAGCAGUGGUUACCUGGCCGUGUACGGCAUGCAGGGCCUAGCCUUCACUUCUAGCAUCGUGUACAUGCUGCUGAUGCUGGAGAAACGUCCCGGAGAAAACGCCUCCCAAGCCACGCAGCAGCGGCAACAGGUGUUGAUGUCCCUGGCCAGCCUGAGAAGCACAGUGCUGCUGGUUGUGUUCCGUGGUCGGAGACCGAGCAACAGGCGGCGCAUCUUGGCUCACAUGUGCAUAGUGUGGCUGCGACUCUUUUCACUUGGGUCGCUGAGUUUCCUUUUCUUCUCUGCUCGGAGUAGAUUCCACUGGAGCUACAAAACCUUCACGCUGUGGUCCGUCAUCGACGUGAUGGUGUCUUUAUUAGGUCUGCUGGUGGCAAUGUUGAGCAUCAGGUACACCUACCAGGCGAGGGACGGCGUGCUGGGCCUCCUUGGAUCCUUCUCGCUCCUCUUCAAAAAUGUGUUCCUCGCCACUGCCCCGAGUGCCUGGGUCCUCUAUCUUGGUUCAGCAGCUGGCGUGUGCGGGGAAUUGGUAGGCGUGGCGUCGCGGGGAGUCAUCUCCAAGUUGGUGGAGAAGCGGCAUCUCGGGGCUGUGUUCGGCAUGCUGGCAGUGGGGGAAGGCCUCGUGCCCGUCCUGUCCGCCACUGUGUUCGCUGCUCUCUUUACAAAAACCUUAUCUGUCUUCCCCGGAACAGUGUUUGUCCUCAGUGCCUUCUGCUGCGUCCUGAUCAGCUGUGUUUUCGUGUGGGAAGUAACCCUGGACUCUGUGGGGUGUGAGGAGAGGGCAGUGGCAAACGGCUCGGCCGAGGCUCCAUGCCCUCAUCUGGCUUCCCCUGGCAGUGUGGGGAGGGGUUCACUCUGACUCCCAGUCAUUGUCUUUCACAACAACUGUAAAUUGUGUACUUUAUUAUUUGACAGAGAGAGAGAGAGAGAGAGAGAGAGAGAGAGAGAGAGAGAGAGAGAGAGAGAGAGAGAGAGAGAGAGAGAGAGAGAGAGAGAGAGAGAGAGAGAGAGAGAGAUUUUAAUUAAUGAGUUCCAUUGGGUAUGAGAGGGCAGUUUUGGCCACGGACUGAAUGUCGCGUCAGCAGCGAGAGUGUGGAGGGUGCACGAGAUAGCUGCGUACUCGUCAUGUUAUUAAACAUGUGGCGUCUGACCGUCGAAGCCAUAUUUUAUUGUAUGUUUACUACUAGAAUGUCUCUGCCUUGCAGUGGGAAUCAUGAUGCAUUUGGUGAGUGAACAUACAGUGUGUUGAGGGGAUAGAGCUCCCAGGGUAGCCACACUUACGGCACAUCGUCUAUCAAUUAAAAAUUUUUUUUAUGUAA